AUGCUCGCGGCUGAUGCCGACGCAACGGCGGAGGCCGGCGAUGCGGCCGCCGCCGCUGCAGAAGCGGCCGAGCUGCCGCCGCCCGUGCCGACAGAUGUGCUGCUUGAAUUCGAGCAGAAGCUGGAGGCUGACAUAUCGUCCGUCGGCCUCACCCUGACCGCCGUCACCGGCGUGAUCAUCUUCUGGCGGGGCGUGUGGUCACUCUUGGAUUACUACAUGGGUGACUCGGUGCUGGGUGACGUCUGCUGCAUCAUUGUGGGGCUCACCAUUGUGCUGUGGAUCCGACUGAGCGGCGCCAAGGUGGCCACGUCCUUCUGGCCGCCCGGAUGA